GACAAUUCCAAGCCGGCCGGCCGGCCCUGGACGGCACGGCACGGCACAAACACCAUUACUAUCGUCGUCAUCGUCGUUCUAUUUAUAGAAGCAUACUGCUGGGUGCACUGAAGAACUGCAAGAAGUGAGAUCCAUCCAUGGGGUCGGGCGACUGGGGCCCGGUGCUGAUCGCGGUGGCCUUGUUCGUGAUUCUCACGCCGGGGCUGUUGUGCCAGAUCCCUGGAAACAACGGCCGCGUCGCUGAGUUCAACAGCAUGCAAACCAGCGCCGUCUCCAUCGUCGUCCACACCGUCAUCUUCUUCGGGUUCUGCGCUAUCUUCAUGAUUGCAAUCGGAGUCCACCUCUACGCCGGCUAG